AAAUUUAUAGUUUUAAAAAUCGUACGAGGAAUGGGUACAUCCUGUCAAAUAUUCGUAUUUACCGCCAUUUUCGGCGCCAUCUUUGUCGAGGCGGUUUCGUUUGAAAACACGCAAAUAGUUCAUACAACAGAGGGUAAAAUUGAGGGUAGUUUGGCGGAAAACGGUCUUUAUUAUGAAUAUCUCGGUAUUCGGUACGGCAUUCCAGUUAAAUUUAGAGCACCAUUACCACCACCAAAAUUUUCUGGGGUCUACAAAGCAGAUAGCCGUGACGUCAUUUGUCCCCAAUUCCCAACCCACGAUCCUUUAGCUGCCCCUAGCGACAAUGAAGACUGCCUCAUCCUCAACGUUUACGUUCCCUCCUUCCUCAACACCACUUUCCCUGUCAUGGUCUUCCUCCACGGAGGAGACUUCGGCAUCGGUUCUAGCUCUUCAAACUUCUAUGGACCUGAAUAUCUCCUGAGUCAUGGAGUAAUAGUUGUCUCUGUCAACUACAGGUUAAACAUCUAUGGUUUCCUAAAUCUAGGCAUCCCUGAAGCACCAGGAAACGCUGGACUUAAAGAUAUUAGAGCAGCAUUAAGAUGGAUUAAAGAAAACAUAGAAAACUUUAAUGGAGAUCCAGAUAAUAUAACCGUUUUUGGCCAAGGAAGCGGAGGCUUAGCAGCUAUCUAUCUAACUCUAACAGAUACAACAAAGGGUUUAUUUAAUAGAGUUAUAUCGGAAAGUGGGACGCCAUUCACUCCACAAGCUUUCGAUCCAAAACCAAUAACCACAGCGAGCCAAUUAGCCAAAUCUUUAGGCUUUAAUACCAAAAAAGUUGACAAACUCCUCGAAAUUUACACAAACACACCAAUAAACAAGGUGGAAGAAGCUAUUAGCAAACAAAUGAAUGCAAAAUCAUAUUUCCUACCAUCAGUCGAAGAAGUUUUUGAAGAUGAAGAAGCAUUUUUGAUAGAUACCCCUUUUAAUAUACUAGCAACCGGUACAAAACACAAAUGUUUCAAUCCUGUACCAGUUAUAAUCGGUAUUAAUACUGUAGAAGGUUUAACUAGUACAUUAGACUAUUAUACAAUUACUAGUCAAAUGGAUAGGAUCAAGAAUGAAGACUUUUCAGUGUUAGAUCAAAGGAGUUUAAUAAUUCCUGAUGAUGAAAAAGAGGAAUUCCGGACUAUAAUUAGAGAUACUUAUUUCACAAAUAUAACUUCUGACGAAGCAUUGGUUGGUGGGAUUAUAAAUUUAAAUACAGAUUUCUCAUAUGUAGGACCGAUGUCAUUAUUUUCAGAACUUUACACUAAUAGUACUGAUAUGCCAUUAUACGAAUAUAUAUUUAGUUAUAUAGGUAACAGAAAUCUUGGGAGAUUAUUAACGAAUAGCAGUUUGCCUGCCACAGCCAAUAGGGAUGAGCUGUACUACGUUUUUGAAUUGGAAAGGAUGCCUUUGCCGAUAGAUGAGAACGAUGCAAGGAUCAUCACUUUUAUGACUAUGAUGUGGACCAAUUUCGCUAAGUUUGGAUCACCAACCCCGGACCCCAGCAAUGGCGAAUGGCUGCCGUAUCCCCACCACCUGGAAAUAAACCUGGAACCGCAAUACGUAGCCCCCUUAACACCAGAUAGAGCCUACUUCUGGAGGCAUUUCUAUUACAAAUAUGGCGCUGACAUUCCCAAGGAAUAAACUAUGAUAAUAUAUUUUUUACGAAAUCAACCAGCAUGACCAGCAGUUUAACGUUCUU